AUGCUGUGGAUGCUGGUUCGAGACCCGAGUUACGGCAUGCUGAAGCACGUGGCCGUGUCCCCGCACCGAGCGCGCUCAGACUCUGUCAGUCUCUCUUCUUCCGCCUCCUGCUGCAGCCUCGGUAGCCUCGACCACCGGCACGACUCCGUAGGGGAUCUCUCUAACCGCACGACAACAAUAAAAGUGUACGCUCGCUGCCUUCGCCCGGACAUCGAAUACAAGACCCUAUCAGUGACCUGGGGUACAAGAGCAAAGGAGGUGGUUUCGACCCUCCUGGGAAAGUUCCGUAUGAGACACAGGGACCCACGUCUCUUCUACCUGAGCAUGGAAGUCAGGGUGCGGGCAGCUGGUCUCCGGACAACGUUGGUUCUCGAUGAUGAUGCAAGACCGGCGGCAUUACAAGCUUGCCAUCCCAAAGGAUAUUCUAAAUUUUCUCUACAAAUGCGCCCUGGGGGCUUAGUGAAAAUCUACGACUCGGCUCUCAUGUCUUCCUCACAGUAUAAAUGUCUACUUACAAGCGAAAGAACUACAGCCGACGAGCUACUAGCGAUCUUGUUGCAUUGCUAUGACUCCAACGAAGGUGUGGAGAGAUUCUCCCUCUAUGAGGUUUGUCCUUCUCAAGAAUACGAACGAAAACUACACCCAGACGACCUUCCACUUCUUGUGCAGCGCUCCUGGCCUUCAGACAACGACUGCCACUUCAGAGUGAGAAGAAAUCCUCGUGCUCCUCCUUUACCCCCUCGUUCUAUCCCUAUCCAGCCACCAGAAAGCCAAGAUGACGAGCCCUCACGAGCUCUAUCUGCUCUUUCUCUAGAGUCAGACAGCGAUAAUCGAAGAUACAGUCCUGUUUACAAGUUUCCAAGCAUAAGCUAUUGUAGAGAAACGAAAAACGACUAUUUAUAUAUCUGA